AUGGCACGUUCAUCUGGUUUUCUUAUUGGUUGGGAUGAGAAGAGUAGAGAAGGCACUGUUUUAACAUCAGCACAUAUAAUCUGCUCAAAAUAUACGAGCCAGUGGUCAGGUACAGAUGAGUAUUCACCUAAUGCUAAGGUUGUUGCUCAUUUGUUAGAUGAAGAUGAGACUACUGUGCCUGCACAAUUGCUUCAUUAUGACAAGCACAUCAAUAUGGCUCUGUUUACAGUUGGUAUAGAGUCAUGUGCUAAAAUUCCUGAAUUCAAUAGUGAUGUGAAAUAUGGUCAGGAAACAUUUGUGAUGGGUAGAGAAGAAAAUCUAAAUUUGACUGUUGAUUAUGAGUUUGUUGGAUUUCAUGGCCCAAAUCUACAUGAACGUCCUCACUAUAUGUUCACUGGUGGUGCAAUUAGAAAGUCUAGCAUUGGAGGGCCAGUAAUUGACUUCAGUGGGGAAGUUUUGGGGAUGGCUAACUUUCCAGGAUCAGCUUUUAUUCCUUCCUCUAUUAUAUCGAGGUGCUUGGCUAUGUGGAAGAAAUAUCAGUAUAUCCCUCGGCUGCAUUUUGGGAUGAAGUUUUCACCCAUUAAAUUUCUAGAUCCGAUUCAUGUGGAGAGGAUCUUUCGUAAGUGCAAUGUUGAUUCAGGUCUAAUAGUUGAAGAGGUGUCUAAUGGAUCAGUUGCAGAGGAGCUAGGAGUUAGACGUGGUGAUAUCAUCUACUCCGUAAAUGGAAAGUGCAUUGCUACCACUGUUGAGUUGGAAAGCUUAAAUAUGAGCAUAUGCGAGAAUCAUCUUGAUCAAGGAGGAACCAUCGGUUCCUGGAUAGACAUACCGGUUGGUAUAUUGCACAUGCGGAAAGGUCAUAAAGGUCCAAGUCGCACUUUAAGUCUGAGAUUAAAUGUAUCAGAUGGCAUAGAGGUGUUCGCAAGUCUUCUGACUCCUUUCGACUAG